GUUCUCGGGCACGCUCGCUAUAUCUACGCGGCGCACGUCGACGAUACGUCUUCGCGAUCCCAACCGGACGCUCUACGUCGUCGUUGAUCCGUUUGCGUACGGCCGACGGGACGGUGAAUCUCGCGAAAGUUUGCACCAUCUACACUUGUUCUAUCCUCCUCUGCCAUCGAGAGAUUGCGUAUACACGUCUGUCACUUCGUCGGAUCACAAUGGCUACCGCACAAUUGAACAGAGCCAGAACUGUAAAGAAGCUCGAAAAACCACGGCCGCUUAAGCUUAACCAGCGCAACUCGACCGUCGAUGGGCGGAUCACGACUGUAGAGGAUAUAGUGUCCUUAAUCGACAAUGUUGCAAUGCAACUUACCAAUGGCUUCCAUGACCGAACGCUGCAAAUGAAUGUUAUCUCUAUGUGUAGUCAUCUGAAACUGUAUGCCAACCAAUUAGAAGCUAUUUACAAAGAUCAGCUGGACCGGGCUUUUGUGGCGAUCAGGAAUGGGAGCCAGGACGACAGAUUAGAUUUGACGACCAGGGUUCAUCUGCUGGAACUUAUCGAGCUACGAGCGAAACAAUGGCGUCACACAGAUUCAAUGGAUGUGUACUAUAUGCAGAAGUUGUCGCACCUAGACAAUCAGACCGAAAUGGUACCCGAUGUACCUACGAACUCCCUGUCGUCCCCGUUAUUGACAAUGACUUCACCCACCUCGGCACCGAUCCUGGGUCCCGGAGAAGUCAUCAAAAAUAGCGGAAAGUUCGCGAAGCCUACGCGCAUACCGGGGAAAAAUUAUUGCAAAGACGAGGUCGUCAUUCGCAACAGCGACUCGGGAAAAGUGAUGGGAAUAAAAGGGCGGCGGGUUCACAUGAUAGAAGAGCUCAGCCAGACGAUCAUCUCCUUCCAGCGAGUAAACCCUGGAGCUAAAGAACGACUUGUCCAAAUCACGGGAACGUCCGAGGACAAGAUUCAUUACGCGAAGGACUUAAUCAAAGAUACGAUACAACGAAAUGCAUCGCCAGUGAGACUGGAGCAGAACUCCAGUGGCGAGAAGGGAGCCAUGGGCGGUUCGAGCUCCUCGCUCAAUAGCAGUGCGUCGGACGAGAGCAACCGGCUGUCACAGAAUCAGCAGCACGGUUCCCGCCUGCGCUCGUCCCUUUUGCACAGUUUUUCCACCAACGACGCCAGCAUAGGCGAAUACAAGUACACCGUCACCGUCGGCAAUCAGUCCCUCAAAAUUACGGGCUGCAAUCUCGACCUCGUCAGGACAGCAAAACUAGUGCUGGACGAACACUUCUUGGGCGACUCUGAGAACUUUACCAGCGGGAUAGAGUACUUCAAUUACGAGGAUGAGCCUAGCUUCACCGUAAAUACCGUCUCAACUCCCAAACUUUCUCUUACGCCAUUGUCGCCUUUGGACAAUGUAAACACUCCUGCUUCUCUAGGCCGAGAAUUAAGUGUGGAAAGCGCCGCGACCUCCUCGGAGAGCGAAGAAACCUACAAACCUCGUCCGAUCUCUGAAGAGCGAGGCUCGACUCAACAAGUUCCAGAAGCGAGAGAACUUACGUACGAGUUUUUGUUGCUGUGCUCGUCGGGCCCGUAUGCAAAGCGGCCCCCUGCCGACUGGGCGCGCAUACAGAAGGAAUGUCCGAAUAUAGUUCGUAAGGCACCGAUUCGCUGGUUCGAACCGGAGGCGUACAAAGCCAAGCUAGCAGCCGCGGGUCCCGUUGCGAUAUUGCCGAUUAGCGAAGCAGAAACCGAUCCCGAGUGAGGCCGGAGGUCCGAUCUAUCGCCUUUCUCCCGUUAUCCUCUCCCUCAUUUUGGUGACGAUAAAUUUUCAGAGAACGACGUGUGUGUGCUGUAACAUCUCUUGUCGAUCGUAACAAGAUUAAGAACGAGGAUCAAGAAAAAGAAUUCCUCGAAGGAAAGAGCGCGUAGGGACAAAGCGUAUUUCGAAGAAUUUAAUUGGCGAGGAAAAUAUCAAAAGAUUUUUUCGCCAAACAUUCGCGAAAUGCAUCUAAAUGCGAAUUAUCAGAUGCGCGCUUUAUGCAAUUGACACGCUAGUCAUUAGAGUGAAAAAUGUUUUAUUUAUUGAACGAAAAAAAAAUUUAUACACGCAAUUACUUCGCUCGUCUUUUCGAUCGAUUACGUUGUUAUACACUGAGAGAAAAAUAUUUGAUGAUUGUGACUAUAAUUGAGUGUUAGAAUAAUUAUAGCUAAGAAUUUUCUGGUUAUUUCUGCUAUAAUGUUAAUGAUAACAUAUAAUGUAUCACACUGAUACAAAAAUGGUUGCAACUACUAUAUAUAAUUUAAAUAAUUUAAAUAUAGUUGACAUCGAAAACAAUUAUUGCAAUGUCAUUUUUUAUGCGUAUAAUGUAUAUUAUUAGUAACAUUAUAGCAGUAAUAUUACUAUUAACUAUAAAAAGGUUUUAAUUUUUUUUUAGAUUAAUUAUUUUAACAUUCAAUUAUAACCACAAAUACUAAAUACUUUUUUCCUAAUGCAUCCGUACCGCGCCGAUACUGUAUGGCACGCACGCGACUUGCGCAACAUUCUGUCGCGGCCAAUUUUGACCAAGAAUGUUACGUUUAGCUAUUAAUAACAAAAGAAAGAGACAAGAUCGAUUUGUUGAAACCACAUUUUGAAAGACAGCUGUUAACUUUUCGUACGCGUAGUUGCGAUAGGAUUAGUAGCGUUAGACUGAGGAAUUAGAAUUGAAAGAGAAGAGAGGAGUAUCUUUUGUAAGCGAGAUUACUAUUAUUUAUAACUUUUUGCUAUUUUCGCCUAAUUGGAUCGAGGAGAUUCGUUUUCUCGGCGGAGAAGAUUAAUCGUGAAAGACUAAUACGUACUUUAGGAGAAGACACGGUACAAGAGAACAGAUUCUGCGCUUUUGUAAGUAGCAAUUCGGAAGGCGGUCCUAAAUUCAAUGAUUCCAAUUCCGCCGUGUAACGUGAACUGCGACUUUACGCGGCGGGGGAUGAAAUCGUGAUUUAACAUAGUCUAGUCUACCUAUCAACGUAGGAAUUACCACUUUUUUUUGGUAUUUACUCUGCUGUGACACAAUAACCAAAAAAUUUGAAGAAGAAAAAAGAAUUAGAUUUUUUUGAGAGUUUAUAUUUUAUAUACGCUAAACGGAAGUGUUCGGAUAUUAUGUGCAGUAUAUAUCGUAGAGGAUUCAAAGUUAGGAAAUAACAAGUUACUAGUAACGGCAUUGCCGUUACUUUAUCAUAAUAUAAUGUUUUGAUAAUGUUACAAUUUUUCAUUAAGUGUUUUAUCUGCAACAAACUUAACUAUUGAUUUAACUUAUUAAAAGUAAAGAAUUCGAAAAAUGAUUAAAUACUAAUUUAGAAUGUUGUAGAGUGUUUUCUAGUGUAACUUUUUUAUAAAAUUUCACAAGUCACGGAAGAAUGUACAUGGAUGUGCAUGCCAUAUUUAUUAUUAAUUUGCAUUAUCAAGAAAAAAUAAUCAGGAACAAUUUUAUUAAAGAAAAAAAAAAGAACGUAAAUUUUAAAAUAAAGU